AGAAUAUAAUACACGUGGUGUUUGUAUGGAUGUGGAUAAAAAUACACGAGAAAUUCGUGCCACAUCUUCCUAGCAUCCGAGAACUCCUUCGCGCACAUUUCGGAAUCGCAAAGCACGAUGGACGUCCAAUCUGACGCCAACUACAAUGCAGUGGAAGAUGUCAAGACCCCCAAGGCGGCGGCAAAGCGGGCAGUGUCCACCACCAGCGAGGUCGAAGAGGACAAUUACAAGGUCGUGUGCUGCGGCAACAGUUGGCUCGACCUCGUCCUCGUGCCAUUGACAGCAGUCGUUUUGUACGGCGCCAUGAUCGGUCUCUCGCUCUUGGUCCUUUGGGCAACUUUCUUGACUUCUGCGAGCGGAGCUGCUCACUGGAUGUUCUUCUUUGCAUGGCUUACUGGUGUCAUUGCAGUCGUCAUCUCGAUUCAGGUCGCUGAGUACGAAGCGUACAUCUUGGCCGAGCAUGCCAAGAAGGAUAUUGCCGAGGGCACGAAUGCAUAGAUAGUCUCGACGUGGUGCCUCUGACCCUUUCAAGUUAAUCAUUUUUCCUCAGUCACUUGCUAGUACCCGCAUGAUCCGCUGUCACGAUCGUGGUGUUCUGCCUGAUGGAUGCUUGCCGAGGCGACCACGAUGGCAAAGUCAAGUUGAUCAGACGCCCGUGCCUUCAGAGCGAACUGAGUCGACGAAGAUAACAAAUUCGAGCAGGCCAACAGUUGUGAGCUUUCUCUCUCUUGAGAAGGAAGACCAAGACGAUUGCCAUCUUCGUUAUCUCAACGACUGUUCAACCGCACGCAAGGAUCUAAAUUCCCUAAAAAUAGAAACCUCCAUCACGCAUCCAAUAAUAGCUUACCAAGCAAAAUAAAUCCUGUCCGAGCAUUCGAUUUUCCCCCACUUACCACGUCAUGGCAACCCCUGCGACGGUAGACCCUAUCGCUCCCGCGUCGGUGGCAAUCGACGUCGAAGUUCCCGCGCCAUCGACGACCGCGGAAGCUUCUUCUGAUGUUGCCAUUGCUGCCGACUCGGCCGAGGCGCCACAUACGACAACUCCCGCGGUUGCAUCAACAACACCACAGAACAAGCCCGACGCGAGCAAGUCGAAAGCUGAGCUGUCAAAGAAACAACAUCGACAGUCGAGCGCUCGGGAUGGGUACAAUAUCGUGUGCUGCGGGAAUAGUUGGCUCGACUUGUUCCUCAUUCCGCUCACAGUCGUUGUCCUGUUCGGCGCUAUGAUCGGCCUCUCCAUCCUGGUCCUUUGGUCUGUGUUCUUGACGUCGACGAGUGGCGCAGCUCACUGGGUCUUCUUCUUUGCUUGGAUCACCGGUGUCAUCGCUGUGGUCAUUUCGGUUCAGGUAGCAGAGUACGAAAAGUACCUGAACGCCGAACAUGAAAAGAAGCAGAUUGCCGAGGGCACCAAUGCAUAGAUAUACACCCUAGUUCACAAAUACAUUCAUACCUCAGUUGAGCUGAUGUUCUCUCGCUUGAUGCGCUUUAUGAAUGAUAUGGGAAUGCAUUGUGCCC